UUAGGCUUGGAUUGGGGGCAAGGGACGGGGGCGAGAUUUGGAGAGAAGGAGAGUUGAGACCUAUGAAGUGGCAGAGUAGGGAGAUGAGGAGGAAGGAGGUCGGCCUGCCUGGGAUGUACCGAGAAGACCUAUAGGAAACUUGGAUGGAGCCAGACUAGAAGGGGUGAUAAAGUAAGGAUAAGAGUGGUUCCAGAGCUGUGAAGGAGCAGAAUAUCAAAGUUGGACUCAGGGGUCCAGUCAAAGCUGAAGGGGAGGAACACAUCACCUUGUCACUUGGAGCAUGCAGGAAGAAUUUGCCUAUAGGAGUUCUGUAUUUUCUGAGUAAGGAAAAAGCAAAAGAUUUCGAACUUGAGAAAGGUAGGCUAGUGAUUCUUUGACGGUAAAGUACUGUGAGGCCGUUUGAUGGUAGUGUGUGGUGAGAUGGCAUUUAUGUGGCUAUGCUAAUUAGAAUGGAUUACCUGGGAAAAUACUGUGCUUGCCUCUUAGUAUUCUACCGGCCCCAGUUAUGCCAAUAAUGCAUCAAAUGCCACCCUCCUCAAUUUGGGGAGGUUGGGAAGAUAUGCAGAAUGGGAGUCAGACACUGGAAUCAUUAAACCUUUUGCAUACCUGAUUCUCAUGCACCCCUCCCCCCCCAACCCAGACUUCUGUCCCUUGGCCUGUUUCAUUUUACUCUGCCUUCCUAUUCUCAUCUUCCUGGAUUGUGACAGUGAUUUUUCUCUUUUUUCCUUGAAGGAAAAAAAAGAUUUGUGAACCAUUCCAUUAACUGGAAGGUGGCCAGCUCUCAGCCAAAUAGGGCUGAUAUUAAUUAAAAACCAGUUAUUGUCUACGUCUUAAGAACAAGAGUGGAGGGGCCAAAUGGGAUGCUGACUGUAGUUGGUGGCCUACUGCAUUAAAAGCUCUCGAGGGAGAGUUGACCAAAGAUAUGCCUCAUCCUCGAAGGUACCAUUCCUCAGAGCGAGGCAGCCGGGGGAGUUACCGUGAACACUAUCGGAGCCGAAAGCAUAAGCGACGAAGAAGUCGCUCCUGGUCAAGUAGUAGUGACCGCACACGACGGCGCCGGCGAGAGGAUAGCUACCAUGUCCGUUCUCGAAGCAGUUAUGAUGAUCGUUCAUCCGACCGGAGGGUGUAUGACCGGCGAUACUGUGGCAGCUACAGACGCAACGAUUAUAGCCGGGAUCGAGGAGAUGCCUACUAUGACACGGACUAUCGGCAUUCCUAUGAAUAUCAGCGGGAGAACAGCAGUUACCGCAGCCAGCGCAGCAGCCGGAGGAAGCACAGGCGGCGGAGGAGGCGCAGCCGGACAUUUAGCCGCUCAUCUUCGCAGCACAGCAGCCGGAGAGCCAAGAGUGUAGAGGACGACGCUGAGGGCCACCUCAUCUACCACGUCGGGGACUGGCUACAAGAGCGAUAUGAAAUCGUUAGCACGUUAGGAGAGGGGACCUUCGGCCGAGUUGUACAAUGUGUUGACCAUCGCAGGGGUGGAGCGCGAGUUGCCCUGAAGAUCAUUAAGAAUGUGGAGAAGUACAAGGAAGCAGCUCGACUUGAGAUCAAUGUGCUGGAGAAAAUCAAUGAGAAAGACCCUGACAACAAGAACCUCUGUGUCCAGAUGUUUGACUGGUUUGACUACCAUGGCCACAUGUGUAUCUCCUUUGAGCUUCUGGGCCUUAGCACCUUCGAUUUCCUCAAAGACAACAACUACCUGCCCUAUCCCAUCCACCAAGUGCGCCACAUGGCCUUCCAGCUGUGCCAGGCCGUCAAGUUCCUCCAUGAUAACAAGCUGACACAUACAGACCUCAAGCCUGAAAAUAUUCUGUUUGUGAAUUCAGACUAUGAGCUCACCUACAACCUAGAGAAGAAGCGAGAUGAGCGCAGCGUGAAGAGCACGGCUGUGCGGGUGGUAGACUUUGGCAGUGCCACCUUUGACCAUGAGCACCAUAGUACCAUUGUCUCCACUCGCCAUUACCGAGCACCAGAGGUCAUCCUUGAGUUGGGCUGGUCACAGCCUUGUGAUGUGUGGAGUAUAGGCUGCAUCAUCUUUGAGUACUAUGUGGGCUUCACCCUCUUCCAGACUCAUGACAACAGAGAGCAUCUAGCCAUGAUGGAAAGGAUUUUGGGUCCUAUCCCUUCCCGGAUGAUCCGAAAGACAAGAAAGCAGAAAUAUUUUUACCGGGGUCGCCUGGAUUGGGAUGAGAACACAUCAGCUGGGCGUUAUGUUCGUGAGAACUGCAAACCACUUCGGCGGUAUCUGACCUCAGAGGCAGAGGAACACCACCAGCUCUUCGAUCUGAUUGAAAGCAUGCUAGAGUAUGAACCAGCUAAGCGGCUGACCUUGGGUGAAGCCCUUCAGCAUCCUUUCUUCGCCCGCCUUCGGGCUGAGCCACCCAACAAGUUGUGGGACUCCAGUCGGGAUAUCAGUCGGUGACGAUCAGGGCCUGGACCCCCCUGCAUCUCUUAUAGCAGUGGGUGUCCAGUCCAGGACACUGGUGCUUUUUUAUACAAGAGAACAGAGCCAGAAUUCACUCCUUCCUCCUGGCUCUCUAUAUAUCUGUGAAUAUGUGAAAUAGUGUAAAUAUGAAAGAACUUGUACCUAUCACUUCAACCCCUGCCUUGUACAUAAUAUUAUUCCAUCCACACACUUUCUACCCACCCUCACUUGCCCACUCAUAUGGAGUUGGAUGGGGGCCGAGUGAGGUAUCCAGGUGGCAUCUAUCCCAUGUUUUAUAAGGAAUUUUGUACAGUCUUUGUGAAAUAAAAUGAUGUGCUUCAUUUGACCCCCA